GCCAGGCAGCGUCGCCAUACGGAACAUCCUGCCCUCAGCGGAGAGGGGGAGGAGAGAGGGUGCCUGCCUGCCUGAGCGAGGAGAAGGCGAGGACGGGCUCCGGUGUCUUCACAACAACUCGGAUAAGCGCUCAGAGGAGAGAGAUAGACAGAGAGAGUCUGGUGGGAACCUCCAGACUAGCAAAGUCCUGGAUUAACGACAAGAGUCUGACUGCAGGGGCUUUGAAGUUGGACAGACUAAGACCCCCGAGCAGCACCGGACCCCCCGGAUACCAGACCCCCGGACCCCCGGACCCCCCCUCCUCUCCCCGCAGCAGCAGCAGCAGCGGCGGCGGCGGCACCGGGAGGUUGUCUGCUCUGCACCGACAUGAAGCUGCCCUGGCUGUGCGCGCUCACGGCGCUGCUGGCUCACGCCGCCACGGGACAGACGUGGUCGCCAUCUCUCGAUGACGAAGGGUCGACGAGAGACGACUUUUACGAUGAUGAGGACCUCUACUCGGGCUCCGGCUCCGGCUUUCCUGAGAUCGUAAUGAGGCCGACGUCAGUGGGCGUGUCCUUCACUACGGAGGAGCCCCUCCUCCUGUCCACCACCCAGGCCACCAGCCCCGCCCCCUCGGCCUCACCUGCAGCCGAGCCCAGCCCCAGCCCCAGCCCCAGCCCCAGCCCCGAGGACACCAGCGUCACCCCGCUGCCCACGGAGGCCGACGGAGAGAGUGGAUCCUUCUGGGAGAGAGGGAGAGAGAAGGAGCUGGAGAGAGGAGGAGAGAGGGAGCUGGAGAGGGAAAGAGAGAGACAGUUGGAAAGGGAGAGGGAGAGAGAGAGGGAGCGGGAGCGGGUCCGGGAAUUGGAGAGGGAACGAGAGAGGGAGAGGGAGCGAGAACGCGAGAGGGAGAGGGAGAGAGAGCGGGAGAAGCAGAGAGAGCGGGAGCUUGAAAGAGAAAGAGAGCUGGAACGAAUCCGGAUCGCCGCCGCCGGACAGACCACAGCUGCACCCCGGUCCCCUGCUGCCGUCCCCGUGGCGACCACCAACCCUGCAGCCGGUCCUGAGGAGAGCGCACCGCCCUCGGCCGGUUCAGACGACCUCAGCACCACAGAAGAAGAGGAGGAUGUCUACCUGUCACCUGAGCCCACAUUGCCCGACGCCAUUUUUGACACGGAGACCACCACAGAAGAAGACAGGUCCACCGUAGCUGAGGCCACGCCUGAGCCCACGACAGUCGCCCCCACCACGACAGACGCCCCCACCAUCAGGAGCAAGGUCCCCUUCAGGCCCAGGUUGCCCGUGACGACAGCCUCUCAGGCAGCGCCGACAGAAAGGACGACCCGCCCACAGCAGCCCGCAACAACACAGGAGUCCAACAACGAGGUGGGAGCGGCAGGGCCGAGUGGAGAUUUUGAGAUCCAUGAGGAUCGCCGCAACGGUCUGGAUCGAGGCCCGCCACCCGAUCCCGAUCUGGUGGGCAACACGGUGGACGCUGGGAGCUCUGCUGCACAGCUGCCGCAGAGGAACAUCCUGGAGAGAAAAGAGGUCUUGAUAGCGGUGAUCGUGGGAGGCGUGGUGGGCGCCUUGUUCGCCGCCUUCCUGGUGAUGCUGCUGGUGUACAGGAUGAAGAAGAAGGACGAAGGCAGCUACACCCUGGAGGAACCCAAACAGGCCACCGUCACCUACCAGAAACCAGACAAGCAAGAGGAGUUUUACGCAUAACAUCUGUCCACCAGAGAGACGCGUCGCACGCAAGGAGAGGAACCAGGGAAGAGCGAGAGAAGAGAGAAAGAUACUCUAUAAGCCCUUAUCUCCUCCUUCUCUACUUCCUUCUUUUCUUCCUCCCUCAGCCCCCCUCCCCAUCUGCUCACCUCUCUUCAUCCCUCUCCCCUCUCGUCUCCAUAACAGAUGAGAGCGCCUUUCUCUCUGGGAACUUACUUUUCAAUAAAAACAGAAAAAAGAGGACAAAAAAAGAAAAGAAAAAAAUCGAAAUAUAUUCAGAAAAAAAUAACACGUACACACGAGAUGUUUUUAAAGUAAAUGUUGUUAUUACUAUGCUACAGAUUCUCUUGUUCUGUAUGUAAUGAUAUGAUUAUUUUGUAAGAAAAACGAAACAUUCUCUUUAACCUGUGCUUUCCAACAAACGACAAAAAGUUCCUCUUCUGUCUUCUGCUUUCACGGAGCAAAUGAAAAGGCUGAAAAGAGAGGAGAGGAUGGGGGCGGAGCGAGAUAACGGACGCACAAAAAAAAACAAAAAAAAAACACAGCGUUGAGCUUUCAAACCCCCCAAUACCCCUAAUAAAACCCCUCCGAGCAUCUGGUUGGCUGCUCAGAGCCCGGGGUCAAAGGUGAGAGGAAAGGUCUCUUUUGUGCCUUCCGUGUCCCUGGUGCUGAAAGAGACACUUACGCACCAACAUUCGGCCACAUAAACACAAGUUUAUACUCGCACGCAUUAGGAACUGCUUGAAGGUGGCUCCGACCUCUCGCUCUGCUUGGCCAACCAGAAAAUGGUACUCAAUCCUCGCUGUGUUUCGCAAUUUCGAGGAGCCGCUGUGGAAAUACCAACUCGUAUCGUUGAGGUUUGCUCGCAGCGAGCUGGCAGCCCCUCUGCUCCUUUAAGCUGUACAAAGACUAGUUAUUGAUAGUAAUAAUAAUCAAUAAUAUAUCAAUGUUUUUGGGCUGGAUGGUGAGUAAUAAUAAACCGUAAUAAUAAUAAUGAUGAUAAUAAUGCUUCAACGGGAGGAUAUGUAUUUAGCAGUUUAAAAAAAAAAGUUUAUAUGUAAAUAUCAGCGUAUCCUUUCUGGUGACACUAACCAUCUGCAUGAUCAUGAAGAGUUUUUAAUCCAUCACAUCCGUCAUCACCGUAGACGAGCUGUGCUCUUGUCAUGUGGAUGCACACACUCUUACACACAGCUGCAGACAUGAAGCUUUCUGUGCAUUUCAACACGACACACAGACUUUAAAUCCAAGUUGCAUCACGUCAUAUGAACACAUAUCAAACUCAUCUUCGUCAUUGUCGUCGUGACGUCCAUAACUUGAUGGUUGGAGCGCGAUCAGGCUGGUUUCACUGUUACUGACUAGUUUCUCACUCAGUUGCCCGGUGGUUUAGAGGAAGAGAGAGAAGAAGAAAAAAAGAGAAAAAAGCACAACUACAUGUCCAGUCGGUCAUCAUGUCAUUUGUUAUAACCCCCCCACCCCCCUCACACACCCGUCACAGCCAAUUUGCAUGCCUUGCGUUCUUGUUUCUUCUUCUACCAUCAAUUGGCUUUCUGUUUGGAGAUAGGAAGGGCCUCUGAGAGGCUUGAGGAGCUUUAAAAAUAAAACAACAAACAAGAAAUGCAGGACGUUGCUCCCACAUGCACUAAACUGAGUUAAAAACCAUAACAUUUGUUGCUAAAGCUUUUGGUUACGUGGGAAAAGUGAUCCAUGAGGUGAACUUUCCCCUCUUGUGGGACCAUCUUCUGGGGGGGGGGAGGGCUGUGCUUCUAUCUGAGAGAUUGUAAUAAUAACAACCAAUACCAGUGCGGCUGGGUCAGUAGCUUCUCUUAUACUCAGUACUGUAGACCAAACAUGCAUGGGAGUCAGAACUAUAGUCAUCUGGGUGCGUGUUGGAUGCCUGCGUGUACUUCUGUCUGCGCGUGGGGGGGUGUUUUGGAAGGAGAGCCGGGCCGUCUGGUGGUCGAGUGUGUUUACCUACUCCAGCAGUUCUCACGCUCGUCCACAGACAGGUAACACACCUCCUCCGCUCCCGAGUGUUAAAUCGCCUGCCACCCCACCUCAUCAGUGUGAGAGUGUGUGUGUGUCUACACUUCAUCUAAACCUGCCACCUCUGUGUGUUUGUGUGUGUGGGUGUGUGUGUGUGUGUGGGUGUGUGUAUGAGUCCUUCACUUUGGUAUUUCACAGCAGACUCUUGUGUACACUAAACUAGCCUGUCCAAGUGUGUACAUGUGUGUUUGCGUGUGUUUUGUCUGUUCACUGCUGAAUGUGGGACACCUUGUCCCUCACAGUGGCUAUCGCACACACUGACUGUGUCUUCUCACUGUCUGUCUGUCUGGCUUGUCUACCUGUCUGUCUGCAGCAGGACAGAUGGACACACGAGACGCCAUUUUUCUCACAGGCAGGAAUGAUCUUAACACGUACUGUCUUUUCUAAAGUGACUGUCAAAGUUGUGCGUUUGUACCCAUCUAUGCCUGCGUAGCCAAAUAAGACGAGCGUGUGUGAGGAAGAGGGUAAAUUUGUAUGCGUGUGUGAGUCCGGGUGUGCAUGUGCGAGUGUUAGUUCGUGAAGCCCGGUGGGGGCUACACUUCUCUAUGUUUGCUGUUCCCAUUCCUGUUUUUAUACAUUUGCAUUUUUUUAAGGCUGAGUUUCUGUCAUUGGCUGAGUGAGCGAAAGGAGGCGGAUCCUCCACGCCACCGCCCUGUCACUAAUCUGCCACUCUGUUCCAAAUAAAAAAAACCUGAUUGGGUAAACCAG